GUUUCUUUACGAGGUCUUAUCGAGAUAGGUAAGUUCAAGACUUUCCCCUUUUCUUGACGGAGCAGUAGUCCUCGUUAUUUUAUUGGUUUUUUCGUUUACAAAAAUGGGUUCCACACGUUAAACCCUAUAAACCCUUGCAACAUUUUGAAGAAACCGCAGUUCCCAAACCCUUCUUCUCUGAUUCUCUCUCUACAGCCUUUGAUUUGAACCCCUUUUCUCCUCCUCCAAUGGAAGAUUCCCCGCAAUCAGCCGGUGAUCGGAAGACCCGUUUCUACCACCCCUACCAAGACCUUCACGUCCCGAUCACCAAGCUUUACGAGCUCCCUACCGCCCCAGAACAUCUUUUCUUCGAAGAGGCGGCUAGGCCCCACCGUUCUUGGGGCGAAAAUCUCCAGUACUACACCGGAAUCGGCUACUUGUCCGGUGCCAUUUUUGGCGGCGCCAGGGGAUCUCUCCAGGGCAUUAGGGCGGCGGAGCCUGGCGACACCAUGAAGCUUCGUCUUAAUCGAGUUUUGAACUCUGGGGGUCAAGUCGGCCGCAGGGCUGGGAACUCUCUUGGGAUUCUUGGCUUGAUUUUUGCUGGUUUGGAAAGUGGGGUUAUUCAUUUGAGAGGCUCUGAUGAUGUUUUGAACAGUAUUGUUGCUGGAUUGGGGACUGGUGCAAUUUAUAAGGCGGCUUCAGGGCCGAGGUCGGCCGCCAUCGCUGGUGCUAUUGGAGGGAUUGCUGCUGCAGCUGCGGUGGCGGGCAAGCAGGCAGCGAAGAGAUAUGUGCCAAUAUAGGCACAAACAAAUCUGUGGGGGGAUUUCUUUGGAGGACGGUAAAGCAUUUGGUGGGUUCCUUUGAUUGAUGAACAAUAUCAGUAUUAGGUUACUAAUGCUCGAUCUUCUCAUAUUGUAAUUUGUGUUGAAUUGUGUUCUUCCUGUUUGUAAUUGAUUCUGAACCCUUAUAGAGUCCUUGGUUUGAGGGAGAUGAUGUAACUACAGAAUUGGAGAAAGGGGUGUGCUUAGAUGACAGGAUUUCUGCAUAAUUUGUACUUAGUGGAAAGUAUAGGAGCAGGGUUUGGUGCCAUUUUUUGGAUAGUUCAUCUCAAACAAUCAAUAAAGCUGGUGAUUUUUCUUUA